AUGAGUGAAUUUGAGGAGGCGGCGGCGGCGGAGUUAGCCGGAACCUCCGAGCGUGAUGCUUCGUGUGCCAAUGUUAGUACCACAACGAUGGAGGAGUAUCUAAAGUCGUGGGGUCUCCCUAUGUACAUAGAUAAAUUUAAAGAGCACAGUAUCGAUAUUGACACCUUGCAGUUGUUAUCAGGAGAAGACCUUAAAGAACUGGUUCCUGUAAUAGGACACAGAGCAAAAUUAAUUACACAAAUAGCCAUCUUAAAAGACAUAAUUACGGAUGCAUUCUCCAAAAAAGCGGAGGAGGAUGAAAAUGACGCCGUGAAAACAAUUUAUUUAAUUGAAAAAUCAUCAUGCUCACUAGAGGCACAGCCAGACGAACAACCACCUACUGAAAUAAAUGUCCAUGGAGAACAGGAAGAGAAUUGCGUAAGUAGAGUUAUAAAACUCGGAAACUCCUAUUAA